GACUGGCAGAUUCUGAGCUCCACCGUCACCAGCCAGAACCUCGAGAAGUUCCCUGUCGGAUACAUGCGCUGGGGCGAGGUGAGCAAGGGGGACAAGUGGCCGCAGUUCGCAGACCUCUGGAUGAAGCUCACCGCCGAGGACGUGGUCGGCACCGAAGCUAGGGACCGGUACAAGCUGGACAACCUGCGGAUCGCCCUGGCGGACCAGCCCUCGGCUCCCGUGACGGACAGCUUCUUCGACGACACCAGCCUGCUGAAGACAGCGGAGUCUUUCCUGUUCGAUGCUGGGUACACCUUCAUCCUGGCCAUCAAUAGCCUCCUUAACCAAGGCCACAGCCUGAGCGACAUUAAAGGCGAGCUCUUGCUGAAUCAGGUGAGGUCCACUGUCUUCACGGGCAUCACAGGCGACGUGAGCUUCAACUCGAAUGGUGAUCGCCUCGCAGCGUACCAGCUGAUCAACAUACAACCCGAUCCAGGAGGCUCCGGCAAUGUGGAGACGAAGGUGGGUCUCUUCUCGGCCACCUCCGGCAACCUCUCCUUGACUGAGGAUCCUUACUGGAUGGAUGGACGGCGCUCCGGGCGACCUCCAGUGCAUCUUACCAGCUGCAGCGCUGGCUUCUACCAAGAGGAGCUCUCGGGACAGUGCAAUCCUUGUCCAAGAGGUAUGUAUUGCCUGGGAGGCGACGCCUCAUUCAGCCGCUGCCCACGUGGAACAUUCGCGAACGAGACAGGGAUGUCGAACUGCAGCGCGUGCGCCGUCGGCCGCUUCGCCGCAAAGGUCGGCUCGGCUGAGUGCGACGAGUGCCUGCCAGGCACCUACGCAGAUGUCACUGGCCUCGAGGUGUGCAUCAAGUGCCCGAAGGGAACCUACGCGCCGCUGUCGGAGGCUACGGCGUGCAUCGGAUGUCAGAAGAACCGAGUCACAGAGGAGCGUGGCAGCGAGUUCGAGUCAGACUGCAAGUGUGCAGAAGGCACCUUCAUGUGCAACGCCACUGGGUGCUUGCCUUGUCCGGAGGGCCUCUUCUGUGCCAUGGGGAUCGGUCUGCCCACUCAGCGGGAAGGAUACUGGACCCCCAGCGCCUCACCGAAUCAAUGCGACUUCUCCGUGCUACGCUGCCGGGGCGUGGGCCAGUGUCCCGCCAUGGAACUGGGCGGCUGUGCGAGCGGGCGUGAGGGGAUGGCGUGCAACAACUGCCAAACCGGGCACUUCGCCUUGGAAGACGGCACAUGCACGCCUUGCCAGACAGCAGACGCGCUGCCAGCGACUAUUUUGGCAGUUGUGGCAGUGCUGAUUCUCAUCGUGCUCCUCUCAUCGAUCAACGCAGAUCUGAAUCAGCAAAGCUUGAGCAUCCUCACCGUGGCGGCCAUCGGAAGCCAGAUGGUGCCCCGGAUCCGUCAGGAGAGGGCGAGGUUCGACGCCAGCAGUGGGGGAAAGAAGCCGAAGUUGGAGUACUUGAACAUCAAGGAGCCGAUACUGCACACCGUGGGCUAUCGAGUGUCACAUCAGCUGCUGUUGCCACCUGCCCUCAAGGUCUGCGCGAUGGCAUCGAACCUCGUGCACGGUGCCGCUGUGGUGAACCUAAAAACAAGGGAGAUAAAGAAGGAUUCGAAGACGGGCGCCGUUCCCGUGAAAGCUGACCUGAACAUCCUGUACACAGGGUCGCAGGACGAGUACUGGUUGAAUCUCUCGGAGGACAGAAAGUUCAAGCAGGAGAAGAUGGACUCCCACGGGAUGGUGAUAACCGGGAUAUCCUUGGCAGUCACAUGGGCCUUCUUGACUUCAUCUCUUGAUUGCUGCUACCUUGGAGAGGACAUGAACCCUGAAAGGGUUCAUGAUUCAUACGGGUUCUAG